AUGGCUCCCCCUCCGCCUCUUGCCCCUGCGCCUCCAGUCGGGCGACUCUACUUCCUCGAUGUCGGAAUCUCAACCCCCGAACUCAAUGGCCGAAUCCUUACCUGCAAACCAGACGGCUCGGAUUUUCACGAACUUAUAACUCAAAUCAACACAAUGCCCGAUGGAAUCGCCGUCGAUACAGUUCACCAGCAUAUCUACUGGACCAACAUGGGGAUACCUUUAGCCAACGACGGAUCUAUUCAACGCUGCGACUUAUCCGGAAAAAAAUAUCUCUCUCAAAAACUGUAUUGGUCGGAUCGAGAAGGAAUGAAGGUGAUGCGAGCGAAUAUGGAUGGGAGUGACGUCGAGGUGCUCUACCGGGCUAGUACAGUCGAUUCCGACAAGCGACUUCAAGGAAACUGGUGCGUUGGCAUUUGCGUCGAUGAAGAAUCAAACAAUAUCUUCUGGUCACAGAAAGGACCAUCGAAAGGAAACAAAGGGCGAAUUUUCCGUAUGGGUCUCGAGAUGAUCACCGGAGAAUCAGCGGAGCGAAGAACAGACGUCCAGUGCAUAGUCGACAAUCUUCCUGAACCAAUCGACCUUGAAUUAGACAGCGUUUCAGGUACACUAUACUGGACUGAUCGCGGUGAUCCACCUUCUGGAAAUACUGUGAAUUCGGUCACUUUCGCGGACCUGACGGUGGGCAAAGCGCAGCCAAAUAUCCUGGUUCGCAAGCUCCACGAAGGAAUUGGACUGGCUCUGGACCGAGAAGGCAAUCGCAUGUUUUUUGGGGAUCUUGGGGGUUCUCUGUACACCUCGAAUCUGGAUGGGUCUUGUAAGAGCACUCUACUGCCUGAUAUAGGAGGUGCGAUCACCGGUAUAGCCUAUAUCGACGGCUAA